ACCCCAUCCCCAUCUCCGUCUGCCCCAUCCCCGUCCCCAUCCACCCCAACCCCAACCCCAUCCCCAUCCCCAUCUCCAUCUGCCCCGUCCCCGUCGCCGUCCCCAUCCACCCCAACCCCAUCCCCAUCUCCGUCCCCGUCCCCAUCCACGCCAACCCCAACCCCAUCCCCAUCUCCGUCUGCCCCGUCCCCAUCCACCCCAACCCCAUCCCCAUUUGCGUCUGCCCCGUCCCCGUCCCCAUCCACCCCAACCCCAUCCCCAUCUCCCUCUGCCCCAUCCCCGUUUGCCACAUCGGCCGCAUCUCCAUCCACCCCGUUUCUGUCCAGCCCCUCCCUGUCCACCCCGUCUCCAUCUGCCACAUCGGCCCCGUCUCCGUCUGCCCCACCUCCG